AUGAAGUCGAUAAUCCUAAGCCACACGCGUUCUUCUAGCAUGCCUUCGAGACCUUAUUACCCUCUAAUCCCCGAAUUCGAACUCCAUUUGCAAAAAAUAAAACCCGAUAAUUUCCCCACCCCGUCUUCUUCAUCUCUGUCCUCAGUCGCCGAAAAAAUGGACAAUCUCGAACAAAUACACGAUUUUAUCGACAACUUACUUCUUCUCCCACAUACCCACCAAAUUUUCACCAGAGAAAGGCACGAAAAAUGGGUCGAACAAAUCUUGGACGGAUAUCUCGGCCUAGUGGACGCUUGUGCCAUGGCUAAAGAUUUCAUCUCCCAAUCAAAAGAUCACGUUUCUAAUCUCCUUUCAGUCCUCAGGCGAAAGCGCGGCUCGGAAGAUCUUUCCGAGUAA